AUGGCCCGGGGGCAAGCAGCAGGCUGCCCAUCCCUUGGCGGCAGCAGCUCAGCCGCUAAGGCAGGAAAAGGCCCCGGGAGCAUCGCAGGGGUCCACGCGGAGGCCUCCGGCAAGGCCAUGAGCUUCUCAGAGGCAGUGCGGGAGCACUUGCUGCAGCCUGAACUUGCACUGGCCCUGCUGGAGGCCCAGGCAGCCACGGGAGGCAUUGCUGACCUGCGGGAAAGGCGGCGCGUCCCUGUGGCCGAGGCGGUAGCACUGGGACUGGUGGGGCUGGAAAUGAAGGAGACCUUGCUGAGUGCGGAGCGAGCGGCGACAGGCUUCCUGGAUCCCUAUCUGGAGAAGAAGAUCCCACUCUGCCAAGCCAUCCAGAAGGAGCUGAUUGGCAGGGAGAAGGGCCUGCGUCUCCUGGAAGCCCAGGCGGCCACCGGAGGCCUCGUAGACCCCAGCACUGGCUGCCGCGUCCCUCUGCAAGAGGCCUACGCAAGAGGCUUCCUUGAUGAAGAGAUGGACUGCCUCCUGUCUGAUCCCGAGAGUGAGGAGGCCAGAGGCUUCCUGGACCCCAGCAGCGGCCAGAAGGUCACCUACGCGGAGCUGAUGCGCAGAUGCGUCACAGACCCGUCCUCAGGGCUGCUGCUGCUGCCCCUGAAGAUCACCUUCCCUGGCCUGAGAGGGGCCGUGAGCAGCCAGCAGCUGCUGGACACCGGAAUCAUCGACGCCACCACGUUCAAGGCCCUCCACGAUGGGGAGGUCACGGCGCAGGAAGUGGCGGAGAUGGAGUCAGUCCAGCAGUACCUCUCCGGAGCAGCCGGCAUCGCUGGCGUGGCCAUGCUGGAAAGCAACGUGUGCUGCAGCCUUUACCAGGCCUUGACAGACCACCUCCUGAUGCCCGGCACUGCUGUGAUGCUGCUGCAAGCCCAAGCGGCGAUGGGAUGUUUGGUAGACCCCGCGGAGAACAAGAGGUUCACCGUUGAGGAGGCCACCCGGGCAGGAGUGGUCGGGCCAGAGCUCUACGAGAAACUGUUUGUAGCAGAGAGAGCGGUCAUGGGGUACAAAGACCCCUGCUCUGGGGAGACGCUCUCCCUGUUCCAGGCCAUGAAGAGGGGCCUCGUGCCCAGAGACCCCGGCAUCUUCCUGCUGGAUGCUCAGCUUGCCACUGGUGGCGUCAUUGACCCGCACGCUCAUCACCGUCUCCCCGUGGAGGUGGCCUGUCGGCGGGGCCAUUUGGACAGAGACACGUACCACCUCCUCUGCAGCCCCACCGAGGAGGUCCGGGGCUUCUUCGACCCCAACACCAAGGAGAAUUUGUCGUACGCAGAGCUGCUGCAGAGGUGCGUCACUGACCCAGGCACGGGGCUCUGCCUGCUGCCGCUCUCUGGGGAGCGUGGCGGGGAACACGCCUUCCUUGACCAUGGCACACAGGCUGCCCUGAGGAACACGGUGGUGUCUGUGGCCGGCGGCAAAUUCAAGGGGAAGCCCACCUCACUCUGGAAGCUGCUCUUCUCGGACUGCAUCACGAGAGAGCAGAGGAGGGCCCUCACCCAGCAGUUCCGCUCCGGGGCCCUGUCCACCCAGGAGCUGGUCGAUGAGGUCUGUCACGCCAUCCAGCGAGCCACGGAGAGCUGCAGCGUCACCUUUGAAGGCCUGAGGGACAAGGUGACCCCUGCCCAGCUGCUGAGUUCUGAGAUAAUCAACAAAGAUCUGUUUGAGAGGCUAACACAAGGGGGCACCUUGCCCAAAGAGACUCUCAACUUGGGAAAGGUGAAGAAGUACUUGGAAGGAACUGGCAGCAUCGGCGGGUUGGUCCUGCCGGACUCCCAGGAGAAAAUGAGCAUCUACGAAGCAAAACGGAAGGGCUUUCUCCGCCCCGGAACGUCCCUCAUUCUCCUGGAGGCUCAGGCUGCCACAGGCCAUGUCAUUGAUCCCGUUGCCAACAAGAAAUACUCGGUGGACGAGGCCCUGCGCGCCGGCAUAAUUGGCCCGGAUGUGUAUGACAAGCUUGUGGCUGCCGAGAAAGCCGUCACAGGCUACCGGGACCCCUACACAGGGGACAAGAUCUCCCUCUUCCAGGCCAUGAUGAAGGACCUCAUUGUCAAGGACCACGGCAUCCGGCUUCUGGAGGCCCAGAUCGCCACGGGGGGCAUCAUCGACCCCGUCAACAGCCACCGCCUGCCUGUGGAAACAGCCUACAAGCGGGGCUACUUCGACAAGAAGAUGAAUCUGAUUCUCUCGGACCCCAGCGAUGACACCAAGGGCUUCUUCGACCCGAACACCCAUGAAAAUCUGACCUACUUGCAGCUGAAGGAGAAGUGCAUCACGGAGCCCUCCACAGGCCUCUGCCUCCUGCCCCUGAACAGCAGGAAGCGCCAGUUCAUUGACGACGCCACCAAGCAAGUCCUCCGGAGCUCCUGGCUCUCUGUAAAAUACGGGCGCUUCCAAGGACAGAGGGUCUCCCUGUGGGAUCUGCUGAACUCAGAGUACUUCAGCGAGGGUAAAAGGAGAGAAAUACUCAACCACUACUGCCUUCGGAAGCUCACCCUGGAAGAAAUCCGCCUCAUGCUAGAAGAGGAGUCGAAGAAAUGGGCCCGCAUCACGUUCCCAGUCGUCCGGGGCAAGGUCACCGCCUACCACCUGGUGGAAAGCGGCAUCAUUGAGAAGGGCCUUUUCGAGAGCCUCCUGGAGGGAGCCGUGAGCCCCGAGGAGGUGCUGCGCAUGGAGUCUGUCCGAAAAUACCUGUACGGCACCGGCAGCAUUGGGGGGAUCCUGCUGCAGCCCUCCAAUGAAAGAGUGAGCCUCUAUGAGGCCAUGAGGAGGCACCUCGUGCUGCCCGCAGUGCUGCUGCCGUUGCUCGAGGCGCAGGCCGCCACCGGCUUCAUCGUGGACCCUGUCCACAACCAGAGGCUCUGCCUCGACGACGCAGUGAGGGAAGGCCUGGUCGGGCCCGAGCUCUACGAGAAGCUGCAGCGCGCAGAAGAGGCCGUCACUGGGUACAGGGACCCCUUCACAGGAAAGAAGGUCUCGCUCUUCCAGGCCAUGAAGAAAGGCCUAGUGGCUGACAGGCAGGCCCGGCGGCUGAUGGAAGCCCAGCUGGCUGUGGGGGGAGUCAUGGACCCCCACAGUGGCCACUAUGUCCCGGUAGAAUUCGCCCAGCAAAAGGGCUACUUGGAUGAGCCAUUCCACGAGAUGCUUUCCGAGCCGAGCGGGGACAGCAAGGUGUUCGACACACUGGACAGCAAGCAGAAGGUGACGUAUGGCCAGCUGAUGGAUCAGUGUCAGACGGAUGAUGCAUCGGGCAUCCACCUGCUGCCCCUGCCACAGGCGGCUUCCCUGGGCUGCACCGAUGAGCAGAUCAAACAGCUCUUCAGUGAGACCUUCGCAGAAGGCGGGGGGGCCUCCCUCUGGCAGCUCCUCAACUCUGGCUACUUCACCGAGGAGCAAAGGCGGGACUUCCUCCAGCAGUACAGCUCUGGGGCAGCCUCUCCCCACCAGCUACUCGCCCUGGUCCAGGGACUCAUUAGGGAAGUCGAAAUGAAGGCGCAAACGCAGGUCACUUUCCAAGGCCUGAGGGGGGCUGUGCCUGCGGUCUGGCUUCUCGACAACGGCAUCCUUUCAGAAAGCACCUUCUCAGAGCUGGCGCAGGGCAGGAGGACUGCCAGGGAAGUGGCUGAGAUGGAGCAGGUGAAGAAAUACUUGCAGGGCACUGGAGGCGUGGCCGGUGUGUUCAUUCAGGCCUCCAAGGAGAAAAUGGGCAUUUAUCAGGCAGUGCAGAGAGGCCUGCUUCUGCCAGGCACUGGGGCAAGGCUCCUGGAAGCUCAGGCAGCCACGGGGUCCAUCACAGACCCUGUGACGAGCCAAAGGCUUGGCGUGGAGGCGGCCAUGAAAGCCGGCCUUGUGGGCAAAGAACUGGCCGAGCAGCUGCUGCAGGCUGAGAGAGCGCUGACUGGCUAUGCCGAUCCUUGCUCAGGAAAACCGAUCUCCGUGUGCCAGGCCAUCAGAAGGGAGCUGAUCUCUGCCAGCGCUGGCAUCCCCUUGCUUGAGGCUCAGCUGGCCAUGGGAGGGGUCAUCGAUCCUGUCCACCACCUCCAUCUUCCUCUCCAGGCUGCCUACAGGCACGGCUUCUAUGACGAGGAAAUGUGCAAGAUCCUCUCCCAGCACAACGACGACACCUGUGUCUUCUUUGACCCAAACGCACAAGAAAGUGUGACCUAUCAGCAGCUGAAGGACCGGUGCAUCCGGGAUGCCGAGACCAGCCUCCUCCUGCUCCCUCUCUCAGAAGACGCAGUUCUUUAUGGGGACUGGCAGACCAUUGAGCUGCUGAAAUCGGUGACCAUCCGAAUGGACAUCGGGCGCUACAAGGGUUACGAAGCUUCUCUCUGGGACCUGCUGAAUUCGGAGUACGUCAGCAACCGCAAGCGCAGAGAGCUGCUAACGCUGUACAAAGAGAAGAACGCCGAGCUACUCCAAGAGAUGAUAGCAACCGUCACCGCGAUCAUCGAAGAGACGGAGCAACAGGGCAAGAGGUUCACCUUUAAGGGCCUGCGCAAGCAGGUCUCGGCCAGCGACCUCUUCCAGUCCCGGCUCAUAGACAAAGAGACUCUGGACGGACUGGCAGAGGGGAGGAAGACGGUCCAGGAAGUCACCAAGAUGGAUUCUGUGAGGCACUUCCUUGAGGGCUGCAACUUCAUUGCUGGCGUCCUUGUGCAGCCGAGCCAGGAGAAAAUGAGCAUCUACCAGGCAUGGAGGCAGGGCCUCCUCAGGCCAGGGGCUGCACUGGUGCUGCUGGAAGCCCAGGCCGCCACCGGGUUCCUCAUUGACCCUGUGGAAAACAAGAAGCUGUCUGUGGAGGAGGCACUGGCAGCGGGGCUGAUUGGCAGAGAGAUAUACAAGAAGCUGCUGAGCGCGGAAAAGGCAGUGACUGGAUACACACACCCCUACACCAAGCAGCAGAUCUCCCUCUUUGAGGCCAUGAGCCAGGAGCUCAUUGUGCGAAGCCAUGGCAUCCGCCUGCUGGAGGCCCAGAUCGCCACGGGGGGCAUCAUUGACCCUGUGGGCAGCCACCGCAUCCCUGUCGAGGUGGCUUACAAGCGGGGCUACUUCGACGAGAAAAUGAACCAGAUCCUCUCGGACCCCUCAGACGACACCAAAGGCUUUUUUGACCCCAACACACACGAGAACCUCACCUAUCUGCAGCUGCUGGAACGAUGCAUCCAAGAUCCAGGGACUGGCCUGUACAUGCUGCAAAUAGUCAGACGGGGCGAGAGGUACCACUACAUUGAUGAGGCCACAAAGCAGUUCCUGAAAGCACAGCCUGUGCGGCUGCAUGUGGGCAGGUACAAAGGCCAGGCAGUCUCCAUGUGGGAUCUCCUCUGCUCCCCCUACAUCCCCCAGCACAGAAGGAAAGACCUCGUGAGCCGGUACAAGCAUGAGGGGCUGACCUUGGAACAGCUCCAGGAAGCCAUCACCACCGCCAUCGAAGAAACGGAGCAGAGUGCCCGGAAGUUCACACUGAAGGGGCCGAGGGGGAACCUGCCAGCUGCCGAGCUGUUUAACGCAGAGAUCAUCGACAAGGAAACCCUGGACAAGCUGCAGACAGGGGCUGGGGCGAUCCAGCAGCUUGCCCAGAAGGACUCUGUGAAACAGGCUCUGGAGGGAACAGGCGGCAUUGCAGGCAUCUUAGCUGGACGUGAAGGGCAGAAGAUGACCAUCUGUGAGGCAAUGAGGAGAGGCCUCCUCCCGCCAGAAGAUGCUCUGGUGCUGCUGGAAGCGCUGGCUGCCACCGGAGGCAUCCCUGACCCCAUGCAGAAGCAAACGCUCCCUGUUGACGCUGUGGCCUCUAAGGGGCUCCUAGGGAAGGAGGCCCAUGAAAAGCUUCUCUUCGCAGAGAAAGCGGCAACUGGAUACACCGACCCAUCCACAGGAAACAGAAUCUCCCUUUUCCAAGCCAUGAAGAAAAAUUUAGUAGAGAAAGAAUUUGCUCUCAGGUUGCUGGAGGCCCAGAUAGCCACUGGUGGCAUCAUAGACCCUGAAUAUGGCUACCGCAUCCCUGUGGAGGUGGCUUACAGAAGGGGCUAUAUGGAUAAUGAUACUUUUAUCCUGCUUUCUGAUGCAGAAUAUACUACCAAAAGAUUUGUGGAUCCCAACACACAGGAAAGGAUCACAUAUGCACAACUCUUACAAAGAUGCACCAAAGACACAGACACAGGGAUGUAUUUCUUACCAUUGCUAGAAAAGAGGGGAUGUUUCUACAAAGAUGAGAUGACAAAGAACAUUCUCUCUUCCACAAAAGUGAAGGUAACGCUGGGGAAAUACAGAGGACAGACAGUCUCUCUGUGGGAGCUUCUCUCUUCAGACUACCUUAAUGAGGAAAGGAAGAAAGAGCUGAUCAAAAAUUACAAGCAGAAAUCCUCCGCUGUCCUGCAGCGCAUCAUGAGUGAAAUCUUAAACAUAAUACAAGAAAAAGAAAAAAACAGAAAAGAUAUAUGGUUCCAGGGACUACGGAAACAAGUCACAGCUUCAGAACUACUAAAAGCAGGCAUAAUUGGAAAAGACACAAUGAAAAACUUGGAGGAAGGAAAACAGACAGCAGAGGAUGUAGCAAAGGUGGAUUCGGUAAGGAGGUACCUGCAAGGCACCGGCUGCAUUGCCGGGGUGCUGGCGCCCUCCAAGGCGGACCCUCUGAAGACGGAGAAGCUGACCAUCUACCAGGCCAUGCAGAAGGGCAUUCUGAGGCCAGGCACAGCCCUGGAGCUGCUGGAAGCACAGGCCGCCACUGGCUUCAUCGCUGACCCGCUGAAGAACGAGAAGCUCUCCGUCGAUGAAGCUGUCUCUGCCAGGCUGGUGGGUGGAGAACUUCAUAAGAAGCUUCUUUUUGCAGAGAAAGCUGUCACUGGGUACACUGAUCCAAAUACAGGGAAAAAGGUAUCUCUUUUUCAGGCAAUGAAAAAAGAACUGAUCAACAAAGAUUACAGUGGACGCUUGCUGGAAGCUCAGAUUGCUACGGGAGGCAUCAUUGAUCCGAACAACAGUCACCGUCUUCCAUUAGAGGUAGCCUACCAACGGGGAUUCUUUGAUGAGGAAAUGAGCCAGAAGCUCUCAGACCAGACAGAGAGCACAAAGGGCUUCUUUGAUCCAAACACAAAGGAGAACCUUACAUACAUGCAGCUCCUUAAGAGGUGCAUUCGUGACCAAGACACUGGAUUCCUCCUGCUCCAAAUACAGGAUCGGGGCAUCAGGGCCCACCAUUUGGAUGAAACGAUCAAGAAGGCUUUGCGGACUACAAGAGUGUGCACCGGAAAAUCUCAGGGAGAGGCAGUGCCUCUCUGGGACCUCCUUCUCUGCAGUAACAUGCAGGAAAAGAAGACACAGAAGAUACUGGAAGAGUAUACAGCUGGAAAACGAAAAAUUCCAGAAGUGAUAGAAGUCCUAACAGCCAUUGCGGAAGAAAAAGAAAAGGAGAGAAGCACAGAAGUAACAGAGAAACGGGAUCCAAUUACACAAAGAAAACAUAUACUAGAAAAAAAAGAUAACACUGAAGUGACAGAGAAGAACACGGAAUAUGGAUUAAAAGAAGCAAAAAUAGAGAAGGCAACCAGUGGGGAAACGGCUGCAGUCGCCUCCCCAGGUUUCCGGGACUGGAAAAGAGCCUCGCAGUCUCAGCCCAGGAAAGAGGGACGCCCUGGCAAAGGAACGGAUGGUGCCGGCAGUACGGCCAGGGAGGGGGCUCCGGCCCAGACAGACGGAGCUGCCCCUUCCCCACGGGACGGAGAACUGGAAAGCGCCCUGCGGGCGGUGACGGUCGACGUGCCCGUGGGCGACUUCCAAGGCUCCCGGUGCUCGGUGUGGGAACUCCUCUUCUCGAGAUACGUGACCGCAGACCAGCGGCACGAGCUCCUGGAGAGCUUCCGAGCCGGAUCCCUGACGCCCGAGGACCUCGUCCAGAGGAUCACCACCCUCAUCCGGGAGAUGGAGGAGAAGAGCAAGCAGCUGAAAUUCGCUGGCCUCAGGAGGCAGGUGACGGCCUCGGAGCUCUUCGGCUCCCGCAUCAUUGACCGGGACACGCUCUCCGAGCUGACGCACGGCACCAAGACGGUGGGGGAGGUCACGGAAAUGGAGUCGGUGAAGCGAUACCUGGAAGGCACCGGCUGCAUUGCCGGGGUGCUGGCGCCCUCCAAGGCGGACCCUCUGAAGACGGAGAAGCUGACCAUCUACCAGGCCAUGCUGAAGGGCAUUCUGAGGCCGGGCACGGCCCUGGUGCUGCUGGAGGCACAGGCCGCCACUGGCUUCAUCGCUGACCCGCUGAAGAACGAGAAGCUCUCCGUCGACGCGGCCGUCUCUGCCGGGCUGGUGGGCGCCGAGCUGCAGGAGAAGCUCCUCUCCGCCGAGAGAGCCGUGACCGGCUACAACGACCCCUACACGGGCGACAGGAUCUCCCUUUUCCAGGCCAUGAAGAAAGGCCUCAUCGUCAAAGACCACGGCAUCCGCCUGCUGGAGGCCCAGAUCGCCACCGGGGGCAUCAUCGACCCGGUGCACAGCCACCGCCUCCCCGUGGAAGUGGCGUACCAGCGGGGCUACUUUGACGAGGAAAUGAACCAGAUCCUCUCGGACCCCACCGACGACACCAAGGGCUUCUUCGACCCCAACACGCACGAGAACCUCACGUACAUGCAGCUUCGGCACAGGUGCCUCCCCGACCCGGACAGCGGCCUCCUGAUGCUUCACCUGAUGGACAGGGGCUGCCUUUCCUCCCAGCUGAACGAGAACGCGAGGAAGUCCUUGCAGUCCGCCCGGACCAGGGUGGGCGUGGGGAUCUUCCAGGGACAGGAAGUCUCCCUGUGGGACCUCCUCUUCUCCAGGUACGUCCCUCCGCACAAGAGGCAGGAGCUCCUGAGGCAGUACAAGGCUGGCACCGUCACGCGAGAGGACAUCACCCACAUCCUCAUCACCAUCGUCACCGAGGCGGAGGAGAGCAGCGGCGCGCGAAGCGGGCACAGCACAGCUCCCGGCUCCCCCGCAGCCCCGUCGCCGGGAGAUGGGGCCGCGCCCGACGAGAGCUGGCAGGAGCCCUUGAAGGCCACCACCGUCGACGUGCCUGCCGGGCAGCUCCACGGCCAGACGAUGGCCGUGUGGGACCUGCUCUUCUCCGACUACAUCUCCGAGGAGAAGAGGACGGAGUUCCUGGCCUUGUACAGAGGGGGGCUGCUGUCAAUGGAGCGGCUGAUCAGCCUCCUCCUCGCCCUCGUCACGAAAAAGGAAGCCACGGGCAGGAAACUGGACGUUAAAGUGAGGAGCCCCGACCGAGGGGGGGCGAGCGGUGGGGAAGCCCCUGCGGCCUCCUCCCCGGGCUGGGAAAGCGCCUUGCGGUCUCAGCCCAUGCAGGUAGCUCUGCCGGAGUUUCGCGAUCAGCAGCCCUCCGCCUGGGACCUCCUCUUCUCCCAGUACGUCUCCGAGGGCCAGCGCGAAGAGCUCCUCGGCAAACUCAGAAACGGCAGGCUGACCCUCGCGGAGCUCACACAGGUCCUCGCCACCCUCCUCGCGGAGGCUGCGGCCAGGGAGGGGAGACACCCCGCCGCCCCCGACAGGCCCCGCCCUCCCGGCGAUGACGCCCCCGAGGAGGAGGAGGAGGAGGAGGAGGAGGAGGACGCCGACGCUCUGCGGCUGGGCGAAAAGGAGCAGGCCCUGAGGUCCCGCAUGGUUACGGUGGCCGCCGGCGAGUUCCACGGACGCAAGGUCUCCGUGUGGGAAGUGCUCCACUCCAAGUACAUCCCCGAGGAGAAGAGGAAGGAGCUCUUGCGACUCUACAGAGCUGGCAUCCUCACGGUCGACCAGAUAGAGACGGUGGUCACCACCAUCGUCAACAAGACCGAGGAGGAGAAGAGGGAGGGGGCCUCCCACGGACACGCACACACGGGCCACUGGGAAGACGCCCUGAGGAAUCACACCGUCGUCCUGCACAUCGGCGAGUUCCGCGGCCAGGAAGUCUCCCUCUGGGAUCUCCUCCUCUCUCGUUACAUCUCCGAUACUAAAAGGGAAGAACUUCUGUGUAUCUUCAGAGACUGCCAGCUGACUCCAGAGGAACUGGCAGCUAUUGUUUCCACUUUGAUUCGUGAAUUUACAGACAGCCGUGAAGAAUGCUCACCACUGGAUGGAAAGCACUCUGAGGAGGCAUCUGCUGAAAGAGAAGAGGCUGCUUCCUCUCCAGAGGGGCCAUCAAGGGAGAUGGAACUCAAGUCCAAGUUGGCCAUGGUAAGUAUGGGCAAUUUCCAUGGCCAGCAGCUUUCUCUCUGGGACCUGCUCCAUUCCCCGUACAUCUCUGAAGAGAAAGGCAGGAAGCUUUUGCAAGCGUACGAAGCUGGCCAGCUCAGCAUCGCCCAAAUGAAGGCUGUGGUCCCUCUGAGUGCCAUGAAAUCGGCAGGACAGGAGGGGAGCCCUUCCCCAGCCGGCCACAGCCCAGCAGUGGCAGAGGGCCCAGAAGCUGCACCGUCGCCCCACUACAACCUUCUGCAGUAUACCUUGCAGCGAAGGGAUGCUGAGGCUGUCAUCCAAGACUUCCGUAGCCAGAAAGCUUCAGUCUGGGAUCCUUUCUUUUCUAGGUGUGUCUCCAACAUCAGGAAACAGGAGAGUCUCCAUGAACAUGGGGCUCCAGCAGUCAGUGUGAAGGAAAGCGGCAGCAGCUUUGCUCCUUGGGGUGCAGAAAGUGGCAGCCCAUGUGACACCUCUCUCCAAACUGGGGAAAUUUCCACGGAAAACCUCUCCUCUCCGGAACCACUCAGGGCCUUUCAAACAGGAUGCCCAGUUGAAACACAGAAUGCUCUGAAAGCAGAACGGCCCGACCAGACGUUGCCCAGCAGGCCAGAGGGAGGCCAUGGUGCGGCCGAGGGCCCGGAGGAGGAAUGUAAAGGCCUGCUGGCACGGCAGCUGCAGCUGAAGCGAUCUCUGUGCACGACGCUGGUCCCCGUAGCCGUGGGCGAGUACAAGGGGCAGCAGGUGUGUGUGCUGGACCUUCUGUUCUCCAAAUACGUUCCCCAGGAUAAGAGGCAGGAGCUCCUGGAACUGUAUCGCGCGGGGAGCUUAUCCAUACAAGAAAUGAUCACGGUGAUCACCGGCAUGGUGGAAGAGUUCGAGAGCCAAUCUGGGUCUGUCCGGACAAGCAGCGGCAGCAGGAGGAAGCAGCCUGUGGCAGACAGCCCCGCCAGGGCCGGGCCGGGCCUCACGCACCCCAGGGGCUCCCAGAGUCAGGCGGACACGCCACGCGGGCUGCUGCUCGUCCAGGACCCCUGCCGGGCUGCCCCUCCCGCCGCCUGGCCUUCCUUCGCCUGGAAAGCCACAAUGCCCCGGGCCAGCUCUGCCGGGGCUGGAGGCGCAGCUGGGGUGCAGUCCCAGGACUUCCUGGAGCAGUGGCAGCGCCUGCGGCAGGGGCGUGAGGGACGUGCCCUCCCAGCGCUGCGGGGGACUUCGCAAGAGCCCUGCGUGAUCUGCUCCCGCCAGAGGAGGCCCACCCCGCCCCACGCCAGCACCAUGCCACAGGACAAGCACUUUGCCACGGAGGGCGUCCCGCUGGUGCAAGUCCGCGAAGAGCCACGCUGGCCCUUCCCUACUGCGGCGGGCCUGAGGGAGGACCGCAUCGUGGCCGGCAUCAUCAAGGAGCCCAGGCAGGAGAGGCUGAGCAUCCGGCAGGCGAUGCACCGGGGCCUCCUGACCCAUGGAACAGGCCUGGCUCUGCUGGAGCACCAGGCAGUCUCCGGCUACAUCGUGGAUGUUGCCCAGAACCGGCUGCUCUCCGUGAGGGACGCCAAGAACGCGGGCCUCGUCGACCGAGAGCAUUUCAACACGCUUCUCAUUGCGGAGAAGGCCGUGACGGGCUACACAGACCCCUUCUCGGGGAACAAGAUCUCCCUCUUCCAGGCCAUGAAGAAAGGCCUCAUCAUCAAGGACCACGGCAUCCGCCUGCUGGAGGCCCAGGUCGCCACGGGGGGCCUGAUCCACCCCAUGCACAGCCACCGCCUCCCCGUGGAGGUCGCCUACAACUGGGGCUACUUGGACUCCGAAAUCUUCCGCCUGAUCGCGGACCCAGCUGGCCACAGCAAGCGGUGCUUUGACCCCAAUGCUCGCGAGAACCUCACCUACCUGCAGCUCCUCCCGCGAUGCAUCUUUGAUCCUGACACGGGCCUGCUGAUGUUCCAGGUGGCAGACAAGGGGUCCGUCCACCUGGAUGAAAACAUGAGGAAAUGCUUGAAGUCAGCCACAACCCGAGUCCACACGGGGCUUUUCCAGCCGAGCCACGGAGCCACGGCGUGGGACCUCCUCUUCUCCAGGUACGUCCCUCGGCAGAAGAGGCAGAAGCUCCUCAAGCAGUUCAAGACUGGCAGGAUCUCCCUCCAAGACAUCACCCAGACCCUCACCAGCAUUGUCACCGAGGCAGAGAUGGGGUGCAGGCAGGAGCCCCCCCACGCGAUGCCAUUGCCAGAGGCGGAGCGGGACCCAUGCCCGGCGCGGCAGGCCGGUGCAGAGGCCGCCCUGAGGUGCAGGAUGAUCCGGGGGCCCUCUGGCCAGAAGGUCUCCCUCUGGGAUGCGCUGUACUCCAAGCACAUCCCAAAGAGCGAACGGAAGGAGCUGCUGGCGCUGCACGAGGCCGGCUUGCUCAGUGCCGACCAAAUGGAGACAGCGGUCGUUGCCUCGGCGGCCAAAACGCAGGAGGCGGAGGAGGCCAAGGAGCCGGGCCCCGGAGCGACCGAGGGCCCCGAGGCAGGGGGCAGACGCGACCUCCAGGAAGCACAGAUGAGACGAUCCCUGCAGGCAAUUUGCAUCCCCGUGGCCUCUGGAGAGUUUAAAGGACAAAAUGUCUCAGUGCUUGACCUUCUCCAUUCUAAAUAUUUCUCCCAGGAGAAACGGCAGAGGCUGAUGGAGCUGUACAGGACUGGGGUACUCGGCCCCGAGCAGAUGAGAGCUGCUGUGAGCAGCGCCUUGGAAAAGGCAGAGGCGGGCACCAGGAAAUUCCUGGUGCGAGUGAAGAGCCGGAAGCAGGGGGGGUCGGGCUCCAGGGAGCCCCCAGGAGCCCCCCACUGCUCCCCCAGCCAGCACGCGGACGACCUGCUGCGGGCCCAGCUCAUCACGCUGCCUGCCGGAGAGUUCCGGGGUGAGCAGUGGUCCGUGUGGGACGUCCUCUUCUCUCAGUACCUUGCCCAGGACAAGCGGGAGGAGCUCCUGAGGCAGUAUCGGAGCGGCAGGUACAGCGCCCAGGAGCUGGCGUCCAUGCUCACCAUCCUGGUCUCGCUGCACGACCUGUUCUGCUCUCUGGGGCAAACCGCGACCAGGCCGAGCAGCCUGCCUGGAAACCAGGACGAGUCCAGCCCUCUCAAAGCGUCUCUGGAGGAUGACGAGGAGGAGGACGAGGAGGGGGAUGAGGAGGAGGAGGAGGAGGAGGAGGACAAUAAAAAGGAUGAGGUCCUGAAGUCCAGGCUGGUGGAGGUUCCGGUUGGAGAGUUCCGUGGGCGGAAGGUCUCUGUGUGGGACCUGCUCCACUCCAAAUACUUCCCAGAAAAGAAGAGGAAGGAGGUCCUCAAGCUGUACAGAAUUGGGAUCCUCACUGCUGACCAAGUGGAGACGGUGGUCACUGCCGUUGUGAGCAAGCUGGCAGAGGAGGCGGCCAGGGAAGGCCGGCACACAGCCCUCCCCGCCAGCCACGGAGCUGCAGCACUGCGAGGGGCGGGGAGCGCCGGGGAGCCCCACGGCAGGCCCUGGGUCCGUGCCACAGAGGUGCUCACCCUCGAGUUUCCCCCCGGGGGAUCCCCAGGCCAGCACAUCCCCAUGUGGGACCUGCUGCUCUCCGCACACGUGCCUGAGAGCAAGAGGCAGGACCUUCUGGCGAGGUACGUCACGGGCGCGCUGAGCAGCCAGGAGGUGGUCGCCAGCCUCGUCACCGAGGCCCACAGGCAGAGCAGCACGCCUCAGGUCCUGGGCCUGCUCUACCCAGAGGCCUCCAGCGUGAUGGUUGGGCUGUCCCGGGCCCCCAGGGCUUCCCUGCAUGACCUCCUCUCUUCUCAGGACCAGGAAGCCGGCCAGCCAGGCAGGGUGACCUUCAGCGAAGUCACCGUGACGUCCACAGUCAUCGCGGGGCCCGAGCAGCCGGCACAAGGCAGCUCCUGA